AAGGCUGAGACCGAAGAGGAAUUUGUUAGAGUUAGAAGGAGGGAUUUGGAAAGGCUGACAACUGAGGUUAUGCAAUUGCGGGAUUUCUUACCCAAAAUAAUAAAUGGGGAUAUCCUGGGGACAUUCCAGAAACUGGAUAAAAAGGAGGAGGAAAUAGAGCAGCUGAAAAUGGAUUGUGAACACUUCAGAGCCCGUCUGGAAACAGCCCAGGCAGAUUGCAUGAGAGAGAAGAAGGAGAAACUAGACCUCCGCCAGCAGCUGAAUGAGGCCAAGCAGCAGCUCCUGCAGCAAGCAGAGUAUUGCACAGAAAUGGGUGCAGCGGUGUGCACCUUGUUGUGGGGUGUAUCUAGCAAUGAGGAAGCUGUUAAAACCAUUCUAGGAGGAACUAAAGCAGUAAAGUUUUUCACAAUCACUGCACAGACCAUGGAGAGCUUUGUGAAGUCAUUAAGUGAAGACAUGAAACAGCAGGAUUUGGAUUCUGAUGAAAAUCAGUUUGUAUUAGCUUUGGCAGGGAUCGUAACAAAUGUGGCUGCACUGGCAUGUGGGCGUGAGUUCUUGGUUAGUUCAAGUCGUGAAUUGUUGGACACAAUGAUGCACCUCCUGGGAGACAUGAAGCCGGGACUCUGUACCAAAUUUAAAGUGCUAAUGCUAAUGUCACUUUACAAUGUGAGUAUCAACUUGAAAGGCUUGAAGUACAUCAGUGAAAGUCCAGGUUUUACUCCUUUGCUUUGGUGGCUAUUGAAUGACCCAGAUACAGAAGUUUGUCUUCAUGCUCUGCGGCUCCUCCAGUCUGUGAUUCUGGAGCCAGAAGUAUUAGCCAAGUCAGCCUCUGAGAUGCGUGAUACUUUGCCAUUUCAGCGUAUCGUUGCACUGUCAAAGAGCCGCAAUGCAGAUCUGCAAGCACUUGCAAAAGAACUACUUGAAGAUCUUAAAAUACUUGAGUAUGAAGCAUAG